AUGGAGAGAGAGAUUGAAGAGCUGGAACGCGCAGUACUGGAAAACUGCCGUCUUCUUGAGGAGGUUGAAGGAGCCAAGCCCAAGAGAUUUCAGGAGAGACAUGCUGCAGAUGGGUACAGUACUGCAAGGCCACAGCGCCCUCUGGAGGCUGGUUGGACUCCUCCACACUCCGCUUCAGAGAACCAGAGCACAGAGAGACCACAGCGCCCCCUGGAGGCUGUUCACUGGGGUGCUGUGGUUGACCUUGUGAAGUCGACCCUCACUCUUGGGCCUCUCACAGUUGAUCUCCAGCCUGAAAAGCGGACAAGAAAGAGGCAGAGAACCCGGAAAGUCAGUCCAAGGGGGGUGGUUCCAGCGGUGGCGGUCCAGAUCCAGGCGGUCCCAGCGGCGGCGGUCCAGGUGGUCCCAGCGGCGGCGGUCCAGGCGGUCCCAGCGGCAACGGUCCAGGCGAUCCCAGUGGCGGCGGUCCAGGCGGUCCCAGAAGCGGCUGUCCAGGCGGUCCCAGCGGGGACGGUCCAGGCGGUCCCAGCAGCGGCAGUCCCGGUGGUCCAGGCAGUCGAGGUCCAGGCGGUCCCAGCGGCGGCGGUCCAGGUGGUCCCAGCGGUGACGGUCCAGGCGGUCCCAGAAGCGGCGGUCCAGGCGGUCCCAGCGGCGGUCCAGGCGGUCCCAGCGGCGGCGGUCCGGGUGGUCCAGGCGGUCGAGGUCCAGGCAGACGAGGCCCAGGCGGUCCCAGUGGCGACGGUCCAGGCGGUCCCAGCGGCGGCAGUCCAGGUGGCCGAGGCAGUCGAGGUCCAGGCGGUCCCAGCAGCAGCGGUCCAGGCGGUCCCAGCGGUGACGGACCAGGCAGUCCAGGUCCAGGCGGUCCCAGCAGCGGUGGUCGAGGUCCAGGCGGUCGAGGUCCAGGCAGUCCCAGAACCGGCGGUCCCAGCGGCGGUGGUCCCAGAUGUGGCGGUCCCAGCAGUGGCGGUUCCAGCGGUGGUCCCAGCAGCGGUCCAGGCGGCAGAUCACCGCUCUCCAACACCGGCUGGCGCUUGCACAGCCAGUCCCCGUGCCAUACCACCCCCAUCCACGGAGACUGUGAAUGCUGUCAAAGAGCUGUGGCAGCGCAGUAGUGAGGGCCUAGAUCAGUGUCAAAAAGAGCAGUUGAGACAUCUCUUGGACAGGUAUGUGGACAUCUUUGCCGCUCGAGAUGAGGACUGUACACAAACUCGGCUUGUCCAGCACUCUAUUGACACUGGUUCGGCCCCCCCAAUACGCCUUAGGCCCCAUCGGCUCGCCCUUUCAAAGAGACAGUUAGCAGAGGACAUGAUCCACAAAAUGCUUGCGGCUGGAAUAAUAGAACCAUCCAGCAGUCCUUGGGCAGCUCCAGUAGUUCUUGUGCGCAAGAGAUUGGGUGGGUGGCGGUUCUGUGUGGAUUACCGUCGUCUCAACGCGGUCACAAAGAAGGACUCUUAUCCACUACCCCGCAUCGACGAUGCUCUGGAUUACAUUAGUGGAUCAAGUUGGUUCAGCUCCCUCGACAUGCGAAGUGGAUAUUGGCAGGUGGAGCUCAGCCCCCAGGCCAGGGCAAAGACUGCAUUCACAUUCGGGCAAGGACUCUGGCAGUUUCGUGUAAUGCCAUUUGGCCUGUGCAAUGCGCCGGCCACGUUCGAGCGUCUCAUGGAGCGGGUGCUCGCCGACAUUCCUCGCAGCCAUUGUGUGGUGUACCUGGAUGACCUGCUGGUCCAUGCGAGUGAUUUCAGCAAAGCUUUGGGCCACCUGAGCGGCGUCUUCAGUGCUAUUCGUCACGCUGGUCUGCGGCUGAACCCUGCCAAGUGCCACCUUCUGCAGAGAAAUUUCUUGGGACUGGCGUCCUACUAUCGCCGCUUUGUCAGGAACUUUGCCUCUGUCGCAGGGCCCCUACACCGCCUGACGGACAAAGGAAAGCCUUUCGCUUGGACUAACAGCUGUGACACUGCUUUCAACCAGCUAAAAGCAGCCCUCACAGCCGCGCCCAUCCUUGCGUACCCGCACGUAGAUCUCCCCUAUGUGGUGGACACAGACGCUAGUGGCACCGGAAUUGGGGCUGUCCUUUCACAGCAGGGAGGCGAAGGAGAGCGAGUAGUGGGGUACUACAGUCGCGCUCUCAGUCGUGAGGAGAGGAACUACUGUGUCACACGCCGAGAGCUGUUAGCCGUAGUGAUGGCAGUACACCAUUUUCGCCCCUAUUUGCACGGCAACAAGUUCCUCCUGCGCACAGAUCAUGCCUCACUGACCUGGCUUUUAAGUUUCAAGCAGCCAGAGGGACAAGUAGCUCGUUGGCUGGAAGUUCUCCAAACUUACGAUUUUGACAUUCAACAUCGCCCUGGACAACAACACAAUAAUGCGGAUGCCCUGUCACGACGCCCGUGUGUUAUAGCAGAGUGUCGUUACUGCGAGCGCCAGGAAGAGCGGGAUCGGGACAAGCCGAGGGUUUCCACUGCCACAAUUAACCCCCCUGAUGACCUGUCUUCAGAACAGCUGCAGCAACAGCAAGAGUCCGAUACCACCCUGGCCCUGAUCAGGAAGUGGCUGGAACUGCCCAGACGUCCUGAAUGGCCGGCAGUCUCCCCCCAUGGCACUGAUAUUAAGGCCUAUUACUCUCAGUGGGGAAACAUUGAGCUUCGUAACGGCUUGCUGUUCCGGAGGUCCUUCAGAGUGUGCACGGUUCAAUCGGCUCAGGCCACUUUGGCAUCUCCAAGACCCUCCAUCGGCUUCGGGGACGUUUCUACUGGCCCGGCUGCCGACAGGACGUGGAAAUACAUGUGCAUUGCUGUGAUUUGUGCACUGCUCGGAAAGGUCCCACCCAGCGCUCACAUGCCCCCCUUCAGCAAUACCUGGUCGGGGCUCCAAUGGAACGAGUAG